AUGCCGGGCUUCGCUGAUUCCUUCUGGUCGGGCGACUAUGCCGCCGGUCUCGGUAUCCUGUUCGGCAAGCUCCAACAGGGCGUCAUGGAGAACCGCCAGAUUCUCACAAUAGCCCGCUUGCGUGCAGAAGCCGAAGAAACCUAUGGCCAACGUCUUGCCGAGAUUGUGCCAUCUGCCGACAAGAUCAGCGGUGGUUUCUCGAGAGACGACGGCGCAACCGUCCGGAAAGCCUAUGACGGUAUGCGUACCCAAAUGCAGGAUGCCUCGCGUAGCCACCAGCGAAUCGCCCAAGGCAUUCGUGACCUGGUAGUCAACCCGUUUUCCCGCUGGUGCGACGCCCACGAAGCCCGUAUCCAGGACUCGCAAGACCAGCUGCAAGGCCACAUCAAGGCGCAUGAUCGCCAAGCAGACGCCGUUCGAAAGCUUCGCUCCAACUACUUUAAUAAAUGCAGGCUUGUAGAGGACCUUGAGGAAGAGAACAAGCUGGGCUUCCAGGAUCCGGAAACGAGCCCAAAGCAGAAUCAAUCCGCGAUUCCCGAAAUCAAAGUUCAGCCUCUGAAGGAGGAAGAGGAGCGUGAAUAUGAGGAGCUGUACGAAAUCGGGGACGAUGUCUAUCAGCCUGACCAGCUGAAGAAAAUUCUCUCGCAAAUGCUCUCGACGAUCAAGAUGGGUGAAACGAAAGUUGCCAUCCUGGGCACGUACUUGAACACGUCAGCAGGCUCCGACAUUGUCGAGUAUUUGCAACGCAGCAUGGGCAUCAGCACCGUGAGCUACGCCGAGCGGAUUGGUCAGGACCUCAUCUCCAACGGUUUGCUGCGGCUUAUUGGGAAUGUUGGCAACACGUUCGCCAACAGCUCCAAAAUGUUUUACCAAUGGCGGCCCAAAGCGUUCAAAGUUGCCGGACUGCCCGAGAAGAAGCUGAACAGAACCUUCUCCCUCCCCGUGACCGGCUCGGAUGGGGGGUUUGACUCUCCAGUCGUCGGAACCGUGAGCGAAUACCUCGCCAACUGGAACAUGCUUGGCAACAGAGACCCGAACGAGACGCCGUCCAUGCGCUUGCAACGCGAGGCACGGGAAGCCGAUGAGAAGUACAAAGCGGGCGUGCGCAAACUGGACCAGCUGAGGUGUACCCUCGAGGAGGCCAUCUUUCUGCACCUGAAAUUCCUGGAGCGUUGCGAGUUGGACCGAUUGAAGGCUGUCAAGACGGUUAUCCUUGACUUUUCCGGCGCCAUUGGCAACGUCAUUCCCAGCUUGCAGUCGACUGUCGACAAGAUGGUCUUGUUCCAGGAAACCGUCCAACCUGCGGGCGAUUUGCGAUACUUGCUGGAAAACUACCGGACCGGCAGCUUCGUUCCCAAAGUCGUGGUGUAUGAAAACUAUUACAACAAGGUUGACGAGCAAACCUUUGGCAUCGACCUGGAGGCUCGCGCCCGGGCGGACAAGAAGCGCGUCCCGAUCAUUGUCACGACAAUCUUGACAUAUCUGGACCAUCACUAUCCGGAUUUGGAAGGCGACGAAGCGCGGAGGGGUGUUUGGCUCGUCGACGUGCCGCUUGGUCAGGUGCACCAAUUGAGAGCCAUGGUCAACGACGGCAAGCCAAUUUCGCCCGAUGUCUUUGACAAGUUUGACGUUCCGACUGUGGCGGCGCUGCUGAAACUCUAUCUCUUGGAGCUCCCUGACUCCAUUGUCAGCUCGCACGUGUACGAAAUCAUUCGCACCAUUUAUACAACCUCUCAGCCCGAUCCUAUUCUUGUCCUUCAGCAGACAUUGGGGCAGCUUCGGCUGACCAACAUUGCCACGCUGGACGCUUGCAUGAACCAUUUCACUCGCUUGAUAGACUUGACCUCGGCAGACGAAGAGUACAUGUCGUCGCUGGCCUCGUCGCUGGGACCCUGCAUUCUGAGACCGCGGACUGAAACGUCACUCACCCUGGAGGAAAAGCACGCGACGCGACUAGUUCGGGAGCUCUUUGCGCACAAGGACACCAUAUUCAACGAACUGAAGCGGCAGUCCACGCUGAACCAUUCGUCGUCCACGAAGGGAGGCACCCGACCCCGCGCCAUCAGCACCGACGAGAGCAACAGGAAAGCGCUGGUGGAGGAGCGAAACCGCGCGCUGGUGGAAAAGGCCAACGCCUCGAGGAGCCGGGCGACCAGCCCUGCGUCGGGACCUCGUGGGCAUCGGCGCGACAGAAGCAGCGGAGGAGCAGACCGAAGCAGCGGAGGGGCAGACACGCGUUUCCCCAUCCAGACGAGCCCGACGUCGGCGGAGCGAAGCCGGUUCAGCUUGGGCAGCAUGGGCAGCAUCGAAUCCCGCAUCAAGCGGGCCUCUCUCGACGUGCCAGGCCCUGAUGGCGGCGCCGUUGCCGACACCGCAAACGGGUCACCACAGCGCCGGGGGUCCAUCAACGACGGAAGCGAGAGGCGGGACAGCGGUCCGCGUGUUGGGACAAAGUUUGUCGGCGGCAAGAGAGUGCCUAGCAGUCCUCCCUUGGACGGCACUCCGGCGAGGGGCGUGACACUCGAGGACAAGCCCAUGGACGACUAG